AUGGCGGUGUUUGAGGCGCCAGCGCCGAUGCAAGCGGUGAUCGCGAGCGCUAUUUCUCGAUGCCGGAGUGCGAGCAAUCCUGGAGCUUUGAUUUCGGUCACUCUUUCUUGCAUCGAUGCUUGCGAUGGCGUGAAUCGCUCCAAAUUCAGCUUCUCUGUCUCGGAUACUGGUCUCAGCGUUACUGGCAAAGCGAUGGAUGAUUUUUGCCACCUCGUUGUUGCGAAUCCUCCUAUCUUGGAUCAUGCUGAAAUUCUCUGGGAUAGAGUGCUCGAGGUUUCCACCCCGGAUCCCAUCGAGAAGAAAAUGCGUAACUACCAAUUGCGAUUCACCGACGCUAGCGGCCUCCAGAUUCUAGAACUCCGACCGCAAUGGAGAGAAAAGAGAACGCUAGUGUCAAUGGACAUUGAAGGCCCGACGCUGGAAACGGUGUCAUACUUCAGGAAUUUGCUGGAGAAGUUUUCCCUUCCAAUUAUCGAAGUGUUCCUGGAAUGGCACUACGUUAAUUGUCGAGGCGAGCGCGACACUUACCAGAGUCGAGAAGUCCUGACAAAAGAACCAUCGGAGCUUGAUGAGCUUGCGACAGGCUUUGCACACUAUUUGCACAAUAGUCGCCUUUCGGAAGCAGAUCGUGUAGCUGGUAUACAUGUCAACAUUGGAAGGGGUGGCUCGGACAACAUUGGCUCUAGUCUACAUGCAUGUGUAGCUAUUACUGAACCACUGACGACGGUGUCUUCAAAAACGAAGAUUAUGUACUUCGAAGACUUUGCGUACACUCCAAUGCCUUCGGUGAUGCAGCAGUUUUUGUCGAAGGUUGACUGGAUGAAGUUUAAUCUCCCAGUACAGUCUGUCGACACAGAGACGGCUACUAUCACUUGGGAGUGUUCCAGACACGAGUCGAUUGAUCUUGUUCUCCACAAGGUCACGAAAAAUAUCCUGUUGAAAGACGUCUUGAUUUUGAUGAUGUCGUGCGUUCCAGACCUCUCUAGAUGCAUUGCAGGACUGAUUAAGUCCUCCACAGACGCAUCGUUCCAAGCCCAGUGCGCAUCACUGUUGGGAUUGCUACCGUCAGAGACUCACAAACUAGAAGGCCAGAUCAGUGACAAGCUGAGUUCAAUCGUUAUAGACACUGACAAUUCAAACUCCGGAAAACUUAUCGCCUGCGACAACUUAGCAAAAGAAGCCGGCAGUGACACUGACAACUCAAACAAGGGAAAACUAAUCACCUACGAAAACUUAGCAAUAGAAGCCAGCAGUGACACCGACAAGUCUGAUGCUGAAGACUUCUUUACAACUCCGUAA